CAUAAUAGAUCCCUUCAUUGCCAGGAUCACCUGGCCAACCGAUUCAAUGGUGCCUAGCGUCCCGGUAUCCUAGCAACACGUUAGGAACUCUUCUGAAAUUACUCAGGUGCCGGAGCUCUGUGGAGAGGAAUUCGGUUUAACGUUUUUUAUUUCCUUUGCUGGCAAAAUGUAUCAGACUUUGGAAAUUUACAUGUCUCGAAAGAAAAGGGUGCAAGGACAAUUCUAUCCAAAUACUUACAGAAUAUUUGAUGAAAGAAUACCAAAUGAAAGCAUGGGUGAGGAAAAGUACAAUCUUUCUUAUGUGCACAGAAAACCCGAUCCACUUCCACAACAUCCUCGGUCACCAACCCGGCAUAAUAUACCUCACCCAUACUAUGCAAGAUUUAUAAACACCAACCCUCACACAUUGAAUGAGCCAGUCAUUCACAUGGAAACCAAAGUUACAAUAGAUCAACAGCAUCAUUGGUGGCCAUCAGGAACAUCACAUACAGAACAACAUAAACCAAAGUACAGCAAGCAGAGCACCCAGAGGAUGGAUUAUCAAAAUUUAGAGAACUGGCCUUUGCCAAAGAGAAGGUACAAUAUGAAUCCAAACAGGUCACCUGCAUCAGGAAUUGUCCCUCUUGCAGAUUCAAGAACACCGCAUUCUGCUCCCAAGAUAUUGCUGGAGAAAGUUUCAUACCAUCAUCAAUACAAUUCCAGAGCAUCACCAAAUGAGCCCAUUAGAGGAAAGCGUCAUGGAGCUUUUGUAUGGUCAGAGAUAAACCCUAAGAGUGGGACGAUGGCUCCUAAGGGAGCAGAAGCAUUCCUGAGUACUGCUGGGUCAUAUUCAUUAAAGCAGCCAACUGCAGAGAGAGGAAAUUCAGUCAAAGGCAAAAUGACCUCACCCAAGCUCUUGCUGCAGAACUCCCAACAGAUGUUACACUCUGAACCUCAUUUAUCAAAAACAGACUUCAAGGAAACAGCCAAGGCCUAUCCCAGAAAUUCUGCAGGAGGACAGCAUAACUCAAGCAUUUGUCCAGAAAUUGAGAUGCCCCAAAUAACUUCCUCGGGGGUGGGCUCACAUGCAGACACUCCUCCUGUGCUCCUGGACAAGCAUAGUGCUACAUAUCUUACCAACAACAUACCACUACCUACUACAAUGCACCUGCAGCCUGUAACGACCACAAAAGCAAUCGACAUUUCUCUUGAGUGUAACAAUUACACCAUGCAGAAGAUGACACCAGUGGAUAGCUAAGAAAUACACAGGCUGUCUUUCAUUUGAUAACAACUGUGGUAUCAGUGUUACUAAAUAAUUAUAUUAAAGCUACACAGCAGGGCUUUUUUCAUUUUAGCUGAUGAACAUAAAUCAAUGCUACUCUGCGUAAUUCUGUAGAUUAACUCAAAUACAACAUUAAUGGGGAUAACAUAACUGCUUAUUGCAGUUAUGAUUAGUAACAUUUUUUUUAUGAGGAGAAAGAGAAGAUAUCUUACAUGAAAUUAGGAGGAAUAGCUGCAGCUAAUGUAAGAAUCUUUUUAUUUUUUCUGGAGUAUGGUUCUUCUUAAUUCACCUUAAAAUGUUGCGUUAUUAAUAUUUCAUACAUGCGGCUAUCAAAGAGAUCUUGACAGUGAAGAAAAUACUAGGAACGUCGUUCAAUACUCAUUACACUAAUUUAAUUAUAUUAUUUUAAUUCUGUAUUUGUUGCCAUGUAAUUAUCAGCACAAGAGCAGCUUUUAAAAAUCAUGACAUGAUACUUAACCUGGAAGGUGUCGGUAGAAGCAGGUCAGUGACAGAUUAAGAUGCACAUGACAUUAAUAAAAAAGUAAAACAGACAACUACAAAAACAAGGACUGCAUGAGAAAUGAAUGUGGUCUAAAUAAUGCAUUAUUUUGAAACACUGAUGUAAGGGUUCUCUGGAUAUUUUAAAAGAAUGUUGUUUAAUAACUGGAUCUAUUCUCAUUAUUCUCUUGAAAACUAAAGCCUUAACAUCUAUUUCAGAAUGAUGGUUUAUGCUCAUCUUUGUUUGCAGAGUAACCUGAGGAUGACUGAUAUACUCAUGUUCGAACUUAAUAAAAAGUGUGUGUGUGUGUGUGUGUGUGUGUGUGUGUGUGUGUGUGUGUGUGUGUGUG